GUGCGCGCCUCAGCCAACCAGCGAGCUCCUCUCCCAAACAAUGCACACUGCCUUUGUAUAUGUGUGUGUGUGUGUAGCUGGCUUAUGCUAUUAGGUCUAUUUUUGGCCGAGCCCCUCCUCCUGCCGAUCUAUUUCUGUCAGUCUGAGCUUGGGGCAGCGGUGGAAGCGGGUAGUGUGCACACCCAGCAGAAAGCAGCUCCUCACUCACAGGCAUCGCACUGCAGCUCUGAGGCGCGCUGGGCACCGGCAGCUCCGCAUUGGCUUCUCCUCCGCCUCCUCCUCUCAGACACAGAAUUAGAGCUGCCACAGUGCUCACCCACGCUGCUCUCCUUCCGCGCUGGCUUGGUGGAUGUGAAGCCAAACUUUUCUCCUUUUGCUUAAACUUUUCCUCCCUUCUGCCUGUGGGAUUGUGGGAAUCGCUGUUGCACUGAAGCUGUGGAUCUGGGAUGUUUCCUGCCUAACCCUUAUUGCUGGAUUGUGUUCUGGAGUCCUGUUGCUCGCCUGCCUUGCCCGUUGCCCUCAAACUGCCCCUUUGCCCCAGCUGUGUAGAUAAUGGUGAAGGGGUUCCAGGGUAGGGGGGGUAGGGCACUCUGAAAUAAACCUGCAUUCAUGCUACUGACCGUACAUGUGACCUGCAGCCUCCAGCACUGAGUCUCCAAGGUACCAGGUGACUUUGCAUUUACAUGAUCUGCACAAUAAGUACCAUAGGUUCUGAUGGGCUGUCUUGGAAAAGGAACCAGGUUGGAAACUCUGCAUGGCCCUGCUGAAUAGCACCCCUGAUAUUAGGGGACCCACACUUCCUGGGUCAUUCUCUGUGUAUUAAAUCUUUGCCUUCUUUGCACCUGGAAGGGCCUGGUACACACAGGACAAGGGGACUGUGGGCCCUUUGCCAUCUCUUCGCACACUCGCCUCCAUGCCUGGAUUACAUCAAAUGCUAAACACCAUUUACGAGGCUGAUUCCGCUUCUUCCACAGAUGGCAUCAGACGGGGCGAGUCGGGGCUGAGGUUUGGCCACAAGAGCGGUGCUACUGGAGCAGUGGAUUUGAGCGCCCCAGUCAGCACAAUUUUGACUCAGGCCAAUCCCAUGGCAUUCCAGAUUGUCCAUCGCAUUGGUCAUCACACUGAGCCAACACUCUUGCCCAUCAAGCAGACCCAGCCACAGCUCUACUCAAGCCUCUCCCAGCACCAGCCUGUGGAACAUCCAUUGCGGCGGGAGGCACCCUGCCGGAAUGCAGAGCUUGUGCGACAGGAACCAAGUUUACGGCAGCUUGUGAACAAGGAUAAAGGAAAAGCAAGUGCCAUGGCCAGCCCUGCAGUAAAGCAGAAAAUUGUAGAGAUGAUCCAGAAAAAGAAAUUUGAUCAAAACAAUAUUGCGAAUCACAGCACCGCUGCUGCGCCUUACAGGUCUCCUGAAAUUGUUGAGAAAGAACCCCCACCACCUCCUAUCAUGACUAACUUUGCUUCUCAGGUCUCUAGCAACUCCUGUAACCCCUCUGAGCACUUCCCCCUACGCAGGACAGCCUCCGAGCCAAACCUCAAAUGGCCCUGCAGACCCAAGAAGUCUGGAGAGCGGAGGAAAAACCCCCUUACCCGAAAGGAAAGUGCUCCACCUGCUGUCAGAAGGAGACCCCCAGAGACACAGGACUCGUCACCAAGCAGUAGCAGUACCCCAGUGUCAGGAUGCAGUUCUCCAAAUGAUAGUAUCCCUGCAGAAAACGGAAGCCUUUCCUCCAUCCCUGGAGCUGCCUCUGAGGGAGAAGUCAGUCGAAGAGCAGUACCAGGUGUGGUUCAUCGUGGCCCCUAUCUAACAACACACCCUAUCUUCAUGGCACCUGGCAUAGAGGGUCAUGAUGGCACCAACCCCCUUGCCACACGCUUGCAGCCAGUCAUCAUUCUGGAACAGUCAGGGGCACACACUCCUCUGGUAGCAGUUCAAGGCCUGGGCUCCGUUCAGUUUGCACAUGCUUUUAUAAGCCCUGAUCACCAUAAGCCUUUGAGCCGGACCCGCUCAGAACCUCUUCCUCAAAACCCGAAAACACUCCAACAGCAGCUGCUGUAUCAGCAGCAGUACUCCAUAUUCCCUGAACAUAUGAAGCAGCAGCGCCAGUUAAGUAAGCGCUCACAGAAAACCAGUGAGAGGCCACGCUUGUCCCAGAUCCCAUCAGAGGAAAUGGAUGAGAGUUCUAGUCCCACAGCUGACCGCCCCAAUGAUGUGGGAGGAAAUCCUGCCCGAGCGAGGUCAGAAUCACUGCGAGUUGGGCAACAUGAGACUCUCAGCAGCAGCCAACAAGCAAUUCAGCAGCAACAGCAACAGCACUCCUUCCAUCAGCAGGCCUAUUUAUAUGAAUCCAGCCUCCACAGACCUGUGAAUCGGCCACUCGAUGUGCUAACGAUCCCCUUGAUGCCAGGUGGGCAUCGGCCUCUUUCCCGAGCAAAGUCCUCUCCAGCCUCCGCAUCUCUGCCAGCUCAAGAGCCUUCUGCCAAAGCAAUGUCAAUUCCUAUGCUGGAACAAGCUACCAAGCCUCGCUUCACUACAGGAAUUGUGUAUGACUCAGUAAUGCUGAAACACCAGUGUACUUGUGGGGACAACAGCAAUCAUCCAGAGCAUGCUGGGAGAAUCCAGAGCAUCUGGUCCCGCUUACAAGAGAGAGGAUUACGCAAUAAUUGUGAAUGCAUCCGGGGAAGGAAGGCUACAUUAGAGGAGCUGCAGUCUGUGCACACAGAGACCCAUGUCCUGCUCUAUGGAACUAAUCCCCUCAACAGACUCAAACUGGAUAACCGCAAGCUUGCAGGAAUUCUGUCCCAGAGGAUGUUUGUAAUGCUGCCAUGUGGAGGGCUUGGGGUGGACAGUGACACCAUCUGGAAUGAACUCCACUCCUCUAAUGCAGCCCGCUGGGCAGCAGGCAGUGUCAUUGACCUGGCAUUUAAAGUUGCCAGCCGAGAGCUGAAGAACGGCUUUGCAUUAGUCAGACCCCCAGGACAUCAUGCAGACCCCUCAACAGCCAUGGGCUUCUGCUUCUUUAACUCAGUGGCCAUUGCAGCAAAACAACUGCAACUAAGACGUGAUGUAAGAAAGAUCCUCAUUGUAGACUGGGAUGUACACCAUGGAAACGGGACACAACGAGUAUUUUACACAGACCCCAACGUGCUGUAUAUCUCAUUGCAUCGACAUGAUGAUGGCAACUUUUUCCCGGGCAGUGGAGCAGCUGAUGAGGUUGGUGCAGGCAAUGGCGAAGGCUUUAAUGUCAAUGUUGCAUGGACGGGUGGUUUGGAUCCCCCAAUGGGGGACGUGGAAUACCUGACAGCCUUUCGGACGGUGGUAAUGCCAAUAGCCCAUGAGUUCUCUCCAGAUGUUGUCUUGGUUUCUGCUGGGUUUGAUGCAGCUGAAGGGCAUCCUGCUCCUCUUGGAGGAUAUAAAGUCACAGCAAAAUGCUUCGGGCACAUGACACGGCAGCUUAUGAGCUUAGCAGGAGGCCGAGUGGUGCUUGCUCUGGAGGGUGGCCAUGAUCUCACAUCUAUAUGUGAUGCUUCAGAGGCCUGUGUCUCUGCCCUGCUGGGAAAUGAGCUGGAUCCCCUCCCUGAAGAGACGUUAAGGCAGAGGCCCAACCAAAAUGCUGUGUGUUCUUUGGAAACCGUCAUACAUGUCCAAAGUAAAUACUGGACAUCGGUCAAACAGUUUGCUUCCAAGGUUCAAUACACCCUUCUGGAAGCCCAGAAACAUGAUCGGGACGAAGUGGACACAGUGACAGCUUUAGCCUCCUUGUCAGUUGGAAGGGGAUCUAUUGCAGUAGCUGGGAACAGGCCUCAGGAAGAGCCAAUGGAGGAAGAUGAACCCAUGAGUUUAUGAUGGGGAAGAAGAUAGGUGUUGAUUUGGUUGUAUCCCUUCAGCCCCGCAACCAUGGGGCAGUUUGCGUCAUUAUUUCCUUAAAAUAACGAUACUGUCCCAUUUGUGUGAGUCCAUGAUUAAAGUCUUGAUGGUGACUAUACCUGAAGAGAACUGAGAUGUUGAAUUUGCUUGACCCAAGAUGUUGCUCGGGCAAGUUGAUGGUUGAGGGAUUAUCAAACAGACAAUGGAAGACUAUGUAUAUUGUCAGUAUAUACAAUAUUUACCUUUAAACAACAAUUAAAAAAUUGCCUGCCCCAAAGUGACAGUAAAUGUGCUCUAUCUUUUGAAGAACCUCCACGUGAUAGUUGACUCCUUAAUGUCAGGAUCUGAUGGAUAUCCGCGAGUUAAGCAUGUUUUUAGGGCGUAAUACUCAUUACCAAGCCGAGAAAUCCUACAUCACCAAUAGCAUUUGAAGAACAUCAGUAGAUACUGGUGUGACCUCCUACCAAAAGAGCUGUAUUGAGACGGAAACCUUGCCUUCCAUACCCCAGCAGAUAUCCUCUUCUACAGACCACUCCGUUUAAAAUGCUUGGACUGUUUGUGCCUUGCACACUGGGAACUCCCUUGUAUCCUAUAUACUCCUCGUGACCACUAAUACCGAAGUCUUACGGAUUGUGUUUUGUUCAUUUGCACUAUGGGGAGAAACUCCCCACAACCACAAGAAAACAAUAUGGGGACAAUUUAAAAACCGUUUUCAAUGUUAAAGGAGGCUGUAUACAGAAUCACUAUGUACACAAAAUUGACUUUUUUUUGCUGUAUUAUUGAUGCUUAUUAAGAUUUGUUCUGGAUGAAAUGUAAUAUCAAAGUUAUCAAUCUCCAUAUGGGCCGGGGACAAGAAUUUAGGAGCAGCUUUUUGAAAUGGUUAGUGAUGCACAUAUAAUAUUGACAUAGAAGAAAAUAUUUUUGAGUUUUGGUCUGUCCAUUAUUUUUUAAUGGUGUUGGGUUAGUUAUACCCAACCCCUGUGAUUUUAUAUAUGUACAGUAUAUGUGCAAUGAUUAGACUAUGGCUGAUCCAGCACUUCUAAUGAAACACCUGGAAUCGCUGUAGGCUGCACAUGUGCUGUUGAAGGUUUUAUUAAGGAUCAGUGUCCCCCCAUAUUGCUGUAGCCUCCCUUUAGUAGUUAGGUGUAGGCCCUGACAAAGACUGUUAUCUAACCACUACACAAGGAGCCUGCCCUCCAUAUUUGCACGCCUUGUUUAGGGAUAUUUUAGUUCCCCUUGAAGAAUCUUGAAGGAAAAAUUCUAUUGGUGCAGUGGUUGUAUUCCAUAACAGAAUCAAGGGAUGCCCCCCCUUUGCUGAUCAUGGCAAUCAGUCUUACCAGGUAGAGCUUUGUUCUGCCAAGAAUGAGCAGGCUUAAAUGGGGAAAGCUAAAGCCAAUCUCGCAUGCUGUAGUCUUAGGCUGUAAAGUGUUGGGUGCAUAUGCCUUAAACCUGGGUUUUGGAUUUAUGUCUUUUCUACAGAACAAGUGUUGUCUAUUUUUGCACAUACAGUCCUGUUAAUAAGCAAAACCAUGGAAAAUAAAAAUUUUCUUGGCUGUAAUCACACUAGUUUUCUUCUAGGGUUGUGUGUGUAUAUAUAUAAUAUAUAUACAGCCGCUGCCCCUACUGUGGCACAUUCCCAUGAUAGAACAGUAGAUGUUCCCAACACGACAGAUCAGUAGAUGCUCCUAUUUAAGUAAUAAGGGCUUCAGCAUGACGGUAAGGAACCCAGGUGCAUUCUGGGGACACUAAAUAAAAGUACAGAACCCCAUUUAAUUUGAGGGUGUUAACUGACCACUGCUUUUGUUUAGUACUGCUUAUCCCCAGCUAGAUUUUCCACCAGCUAAAUCCACAGUAACAUCUUUGAAGUGAUUGCAGUUGGGGGGAAAAACUAACUGCAUACCCCCUUAAGUUCUCCCACAUCACAUAUUGUACCCCUGUCAGGUGUGAUGACUUGCAAAGCGUGAGGAGCUAAAGUGUAAAUCAAAGCAAACAGCUGCCUAAAUCCCAAGCUCGCAGGGACCUCCAGAUCAAAAACAAUCUUUUCCUCCCCUGGGAUCAAGGCUGCGCUCCCCUCCUGUUCUCUCUUCCCUUUGCCCAUUCGCAGUCGCAAAUUUUAUCAGCUCAAUAACUAAUCAAAGUGUCAGAAUAUGACAACAUUGCAUUUUCCUUUUCAAAAUUAUAGAGCCUUAGAAAAAAUGUGUUUUAUCUUCCAUAUUUGCCAACAUCUGGUCUAGAUAAAGGAUCUUGUUUAAUCUUGAACCCCGUGGAAUUCGCUGCCACAUAAAGGGGUUUUACCCUUCACUCCUGAAUGUCAUUAGAAAAUUGCACAUUCUUUCUCAGCUUUAAGGGUUAAAGAUAAUAAUCAUUUCUGAACUUGCAUUAAAGGGCCAGAAAUGCCAUAAAAUGCAAAUAUUCUGUUUCCACUUGAAGGUUAUAUCUCUGCAUAUAUAGAUUAUGAACUUCUGUAAGAGAUCUUUUCACCUUAUAGGUGCAUAAGGAGAAUUAAUAAUUCCUGUUUGCCUCCAGCAUCACCCACAAUUUGUAUAUUUUUAAGGGAGAGUAACUGAAUAUUGAAGAGUUGCCAUAUGGUUAUAGCUGAGCCUAGCCAAUGUUACUACUUGCUGCUGCACCCUGACUACCACUGCUGACCCACCACCCUCCACUUACUCAACCCCCCCCCCCCCCCCCCCCGCUGCAUGGUCUGUACCUCUUCGUCAUUUCCCCCUAGUAACUAAUCGGGAAAAUACCCACCAAGGCUGGUACAUUUGUAAUCCCAAAUUCCUUCUGCCCACUCUCCCCCUAUGCCCCCUGACACCUCUGUAACCCUGCCUACUUGCCCAGUAUCUGUCCAGUCCAUCACAACUCCACUGUCAAGCCCCUUUACCUUUCCACCUGGUAUUGUCCCAGACAAAAGAUAUCAACCCUAACUUUAGAUAACUGCUCGAAAGGCAAGUAGUUCUGCCUACUCCUAGUUCUACCCACUCAAGCUCUUGUCACUUGCAACUCUUGAUUGUGCACUCCAGCUUUAAGUGAGGACAGUAGAUGCUCUCAUCCCGCGUGGGGCUGAUCUACAUCAAUUUAUAUAACCUCUAAGUAACCUAUAUAUUGGAUUUAUGGUGAUGGCACCAUAUUCCCAGCCAGAUAAUUGGCUGAGGGUAGUGGGACCACAAGGCAACUAUUUUACAGGCUAUAAUAUAAGCAAACAUUGAGGUUUAGUCUCAUUGUGGUUCAGUGGUGGCUCUGCAUUUGUGGACCACUUAUUUGUUGCUGUUGAUAUUGUAUUAUUUUGUAAAUACCGAAAACCCUCAUUGUGCAACACAUAAAAAGGUUUAGACCUAUAAGUAAUAAUGUAAAUAGCUACCCUAGAAUUAUUUGGGUGCCCAGAUUUUGCCAGUGUGCAACAGGAGGGUGAGUGAAGGAAAGAUUUAGGAGUGGGCCUUGUUGUAAGACAGAUUUGCUGGAACAUGUAUGGGAGCUGCACUAGUUACGUUGCAAUGAGGUUGAAAAAAAAUAUCCAUGUCCUUUAAGCUCAGUCUGCCUGAUGCCAAGGAAGGCAAAAACUGCAGAAGCCCACUGUUAAGGGCUAGAGAUGUCAGUAGAAAUUCCCCAAAAAUAACAAGUGUGGCUAUUGCAUAUUAGAUAGUGGGUAUUUGUAUCCAUUGGGUAAAAGUAGUAGAUCUCCAAAUAUGUGUUUUAUUAUAUUAUUUGUAUGCAAUUGUGUUAUGUGCACUGGUCCGUUGUAUAUGACAGCAAUAUCCAAGGGGCUUAAAAAAUAAAAAAAUAAUGUUUUAGCUGCAUUUAAGAGCUGUCUCUGCUAGGCCUCUUCUUGCCACAGGGUGUCGCCAUUUCCCAUAAAACUUCAAUAGCGGGAAUGGGUUUGUUGCUGCUUACUGGAAGGACAGUGCAACCGUACUGGCUUCAUCACCUGACAUGAUUGAUUUAAAAAAUAAAAGAACCACUGGCUCCUUAUUCUUCCCAGCGUAUUGUAUGAAUAUGGUCAUCAACUCCAGGAGGGGGACUGAACUUAUGGCCUAUUAAAGGGAAUGUCACCGACCGGUCACCAAGCUCCAUAAUAAUGCAGCUACAUAUACUCCAAAGCAGGAGAAAGGCAAGGUUAUGGGAUUUCUAUAGUUGUAUAUAUUCUCUCUGGGUGGAUAUUAUUUUAUGUGAUCCAAGGGCUUCCUCCUCUUAUAUUGUAUAAAAUCUAUACGUACCUCUCGUGGGGAAAUGUUGUUUUCUAUGCGGAAAAGCAUUUUAAUGAAGAUUUCCUAUUCUUACCACUUUUUUAUGUUGUUAAUACAGAUAGCUCGGGAUUGUGACCUCCGGUUUUGUUGAGAAGAAAACAUUAAAUAUAUACCUUUA